AUGGCUGAGCGCAAGGCCACAAACAAAUACUAUCCCCCUGAUUGGGAUCCCUCCAAAGGGUCUAUCAACACAUAUGUUGGGCAGCAUCCACUUCGAGAUAGAGCACGGAAGCUGGACCAGGGGAUUCUUAUUGUGCGGUUCGAGCUCCCGUACAAUAUUUGGUGUGAGGGCUGUGGAAACCAUGUUGGGAUGGGCGUGAGGUACAAUGCGGAGAAGAAGAAAGCGGGAAUGUACUACACAACGCCCAUAUGGAGCUUCCGAAUGAAGUGCCACCUCUGCUCCUCCUGGAUCGAGAUACACACCGAUCCGAAGAAUGCCGAAUACGUGAUUAUCAGCGGGGCUCGGCGACGAGAGGAACGCUACGACCCGGAAGACAUCGGCCUGCCGGCGCUGACAUACGAGACGAACGAUGCAUCUCUUGCGAACACAGCUGACGCCGCAUUCUCUCGACUGGAAAAAAGCACGAACGAUGAACGGAAGGCGACAGAGGCAUCGCGUUACUUGACGAAAUUGAAGCAGCUCAAUGAUAGGAACUGGCAGGAUCCGUAUACGCUGUCGCAGACGAUGAGGAGGAAGUUCAGA